GUGCGCGCGAAACCGCUCUCGGCCGCCCUCCGGCUCCUUGCCCGCCGCCUUCCUUCUUCCUUCCUUCCGUCCUUCCUGCCGAGAUGCCCGCCCGGGCCGCCCCGCUGACCCCCGAGGAGCUGCGCAGGCGGCUAAAAGAUCUGGAGAGGGAUGAAGAUGGUCUUGGAGAAAGAGAAUGUGUUAAAGAAAAGCUGAAUUUGAUGCAUGGCUUCUUAAAAGCAGAUGUUCAGAAUCAGCUGAAAGACUUGGAGACCAAGUUACACAAAGAAGAGCUUUCUGAGGAACGGUAUCUAGCCAAAGUUAAAGCCCUGCUCCACAAAGAACUGUCUUUUGAAAAUGGAGAUAACCUGGAACUUGGCCAGAAGGCCAAUGGCUGUGCAGAAAAUGGUGCUUAUGGUAGCGAUGAGGAACCUGAGAGACUGGGCAGCAAAGCGGAAGUGGACAGCAACAUGGAGAUUGAAGAGGCAGCUACAUCUUCCUCAUCAACACCACUGGCUUCACCAUCUGUGCUCAAAGCGCGUAGAGGCAGGAAGAGCAAGUCCAACAGUGAGAGCAGAAAAACCCCAAGCAGCUCAAGGGUCACUCGUAGUUCUGGCAAGCAGCCUACCAUUGUGGCUAUGUUUUCUAAAGGGUCAAAUAAACGUAAAUCUGAAGAGGUGAAUGGAGAGCUGAAGCAAGAGACUAACUUAGAAAAUGAAGAAGAGGAGGAGGAGGAACAGUUUGGGGAAAAAGAACCAGAUGUGAAAAGAUUCAAAACAGAAACCACAGAAGGAUCAGAAAUAAAGGAAGAACCACCCCAGAUUAAAACUGUGACACCUGUUAAAACGACCCCUCCCAAGUGUGCUGAAUGUCGACAGUACUUAGAUGACCCUGACCUCAAGUUUUUCCAGGGGGAUCCGGACAAUGCACUGGAUGAGCCAGAGAUGUUGACCGAUGAACGCCUUUCUAUCUUUGAUGCCAAUGAAGAUGGAUUUGAGAGUUAUGAUGAUUUGCCCCAACACAAAGUGACAUCCUUCAGUGUCUACGAUCGAAAAGGUCACCUGUGUCCAUUUGAUACCGGUCUCAUAGAAAGGAAUAUUGAACUGUACUUCAGCGGUGCUGUGAAGCCAAUCUACGAUGAUAACCCUUGCUUGGAUGGUGGUGUCCGAGCCCGCAAGAUGGGCCCCAUAAAUGCAUGGUGGAUCACUGGCUUCGAUGGAGGGGAGAAGGCUUUGAUUGGCUUCACUACAGCUUUUGCGGAUUACAUCCUGAUGGAACCGAGUGAAGAAUACGGCCCCAUCUUUGCCCUGAUGCAGGAAAAGAUCUACAUGAGCAAAAUCGUUGUUGAAUUCUUGCAAAACAACCCUGAUGUCAGCUAUGAGGACUUGCUGAACAAGAUCGAGACCACCGUCCCUCCUGCCGGAUUGAACUUCAACCGUUUCACAGAGGACUCCCUCCUCCGGCAUGCCCAGUUUGUGGUGGAGCAAGUGGAAAGCUAUGAUGAGGCUGGAGACAGCGAUGAGCCUCCUGUUCUCAUCACGCCUUGCAUGAGAGACCUGAUUAAACUGGCUGGAGUCACUCUGGGGAAAAGGCGAGCGGCCAGAAGGCAGGCCAUCAGACACCCCACCAAGAUUGACAAGGACAAAGGCCCCACCAAAGCCACCACCACCAAACUGGUUUACUUGAUCUUUGACACUUUCUUCUCUGAGCAAAUAGAGAAGACCGAAAAGGAGGAAGACAAUGAGAAUGUUUCAAAGCGCAGGCGGUGUGGUGUCUGUGAGGUUUGCCAGCAACCAGAGUGUGGCAAAUGCAGAGCUUGCCAAGAUAUGAUUAAAUUUGGAGGCAGUGGGAAGACAAAGCAGGCCUGCUUCCAGAGAAGGUGCCCUAACCUGGCUGUGAAAGAAGCUGAUGAUGAUGAAGAAGUAGAUGACAACAUUCCUGAGGUUCCCUCACCCAAAAAGAUAUUGCAAGGAAGGAAGAAGAAGCAAAGCAGGAGCCGGAUUUCCUGGGUUGGACAACCUGUCAAGAGUGAUGGUAAGAAGGACUAUUACCAAAAAGUGUGCAUAGAUUCAGAGACAUUACAGAUUGGCGAUUGUGUUUCUGUCAGCCCCGAUGAACCCACAAAGGCUCUCUUUCUGGCAAGAAUCACAGCUAUGUGGGAAGAUGUUAGUACCAGUGAGCCAAUGUUCCACGUUCACUGGUUUUGCCGUGGCACCGACACCGUUCUGGGAGCAACCUCUGACCCUCUGGAGCUUUUCUUGGUUGAUGAGUGUGAGGACAUGCAGCUGUCUUACAUCCAUGGCAAAGUGAAUGUCCUCUAUAAGGCUCCUUCAGAGAACUGGUCCUUAGAGGGAGGGCUCGAUGUAGAGAUCAAGAUGGUGGAAGAUGAUGGCAGAACCUAUUUCUACCAAAUGUGGUAUGAUCAAGAGUACGCCAGGUUUGAGACACCACCAAAGAUUCAGCCCACUGAAGACAACAAACACAAAUUCUGCAUGAGCUGUACCCGUUUGGAUGAAGUGAGGCAGAAAGAAAUUCCCAGAGUCUUGGAGCCUCAGGAGGAGUCGGAAGGGAAGAUGUUCUACAGCAUGGCAAUGAAAAAUGGGGUGCAGUAUCGGGUAGGGGAUGGAGUUUUCCUCCUCCCAGAUGCUUUCUCAUUCAGCCUGAGGCUGGCUAGUCCUACCAAACGCCAGAAGAAGGAGGCAGUCAAUGAGGAGCUGUACCCUGAGCAUUACCGCAAGUAUUCUGAAUAUAUCAAAGGUAGCAACCAGGAUGCGCCAGAGCCCUACCGCAUUGGCCGAAUCAAGCAAAUCUACUGCAAUAUCCGCAGCAGUGGCAGGCCCAACGAAGCAGAAAUCAAGCUGCGUGUGUAUAAACUUUACAGACCAGAAAACACUCAUAAGUCUGUGAAAGCCAGCUACCACGCGGACAUCAACUUACUCUACUGGAGCGAUGAAGAGGCAUCAGUGGAGUUCAAAGAUGUACAAGGCCGCUGCACUGUGGUCUAUGGGGAAGAUUUGACAGAAAACAUCCAGGACUACUCUGCCAGCAGUUCUGAUCGGUUCUACUUCCUAGAGGCAUAUAAUGCCAAAACGAAAACCUUUGAAGACCCGCCCUAUCAUGCCCGUAGUUCUGGAAAUAAAGGAAAGGGAAAGGGGAAAGGGAAAGGUAAAAGCAAAGGGAAAUCUUCAACAGCAUCUGAGCACAGUGAGCACGAAGCUGCAGAAAUGAAGCCUCCAAAGUUACGCAGCUUAGACGUUUUCUCCGGCUGCGGAGGCUUGUCGGAAGGCUUCCAUCAAGCAGAAGUCACAGAGACUCUGUGGGCCAUUGAGAUGUGGGAACCAGCUGCCCAGGCCUUCCGCCUGAACAACCCAGGCACCACGGUGUUCACGGAGGACUGCAACGUCUUGCUGAAACUGGUCAUGUCUGGGGAGAAGACCAACUCCUUGGGCCAGAAGCUGCCCCAGAAGGGUGAUGUGGAAAUGCUGUGCGGUGGGCCCCCUUGCCAAGGCUUCAGCGGGAUGAACCGCUUCAAUUCCCGCACUUACUCAAAGUUCAAGAACUCCCUGGUGGUCUCUUUCCUCAGCUACUGUGACUACUACAGGCCGAGGUUCUUCCUUCUUGAGAACGUGAGGAACUUCGUCUCCUUUAAGCGCUCCAUGGUGUUAAAGCUCACUCUGCGGUGCCUUGUCCGGAUGGGAUACCAGUGCACUUUUGGGGUGCUGCAGGCUGGUCAGUACGGUGUUGCCCAGACACGCAGGAGAGCCAUUGUUCUGGCUGCAGCUCCUGGGGAGAAGCUCCCCAUGUUCCCUGAACCCUUGCAUGUCUUUGCGCCCCGAGCCUGCCAGCUCAGUGUGGUGGUGGAUGACAAGAAGUUUGUUAGUAAUAUAACAAGGACGUACUCGGGCCCAUUCCGAACCAUCACAGUCCGGGACACCAUGUCUGAUCUUCCUGAGAUCAGGAAUGGAGCGUCAGCACUUGAAAUUUCCUACAACGGAGAGCCACAAUCCUGGUUCCAGAGGCAAAUCCGGGGUUCCCAGUAUCAGCCCAUCCUCAGGGAUCAUAUCUGCAAGGAUAUGAGUGCACUGGUAGCAGCUCGGAUGAGACACAUUCCAUUGGCCCCAGGCUCAGAUUGGCGCGAUCUGCCUAACAUCGAAGUGCGCCUCUCGGACGGCAUCACCACCCGCAAGCUGCGCUACACGCACCAUGAAAAGAAAAAUGGGAGGAGCAGCACAGGAGCCCUGCGAGGGGUGUGUUCCUGCGCUGAAGGCAAGGCAUGUGAUCCUGCAGACCGGCAGUUCAACACCCUGAUUCCUUGGUGUCUGCCCCACACGGGGAACCGGCAUAACCACUGGGCUGGUUUGUAUGGAAGAUUAGAGUGGGACGGCUUCUUCAGCACAACGGUCACCAACCCAGAACCCAUGGGGAAACAGGGCCGUGUGCUUCAUCCCGAACAACAUCGAGUGGUAAGCGUCAGGGAGUGUGCGAGGUCCCAGGGAUUCCCAGACACCUACAGGCUGUUUGGAAAUGUGCUUGACAAGCACAGACAGGUGGGUAAUGCAGUGCCUCCACCUCUGGCAAAAGCCAUUGGACUAGAGAUCAAAUCAUGUGUGUUGGCCAAAAUAAAAGAGGAUGCGACAGAUACCAUCAAACGGGAAAAAAUGGACACUUCCGAUUAAUUUGUAAAUUGCUCGUCAUCUGCUGCACCUUGGUUACCGCACCUGAACACCCAAACAUGCACUGAUAAUUUUGAAUUUUCUUCUGCUUUUUUAAUUUCCAGGUUAUUUUCUUAUACUUCUGGACAUGCUAAAAAUUGUUGGAGAUCUCUCUUUGUUUUUGGGGAGGGGAGGGGGAGGAUUUUUGUGUGUUCUCUCUCUCUGUCUCGCUCUUUCUCAGAGUCUGUAUUUGUGAGCAGUGUUUGUCUCCUCGGCUGACAUUCUGACGCUGUUUUGAUGUUCCAGAUAACCAUUCCCAAGUGAUCAAAUUGUGCAGUGCCUGCCACUUCAUGCGUGUGCGUGUGUAUGUGUGUCGGGGGGAGGGGGGUUCAGGAUGUUUUUAUGAUACAUUGUAUUGAAAUUUAAUCAACCACUUUGUACAAGUGGAAAUUAAUACUUUAUGUAGUUUUUAUAUGUUGUAAUAUUUCUUCAAAUAAAUCUCUCCUAUAAAUUA